AUGGCAGAGGAGAGCAACAAAGCAACUUUGCUUUCAGCUAAUUGUCCUUUCACAAGGGUACCGGAUCAUCUGCUGAUAGAGAUCUUCAUUCGUGUUCCCAUCUCAGAGUGGGGUCAGGUCUCUUGUGUUCAGAAGCACUGGGCUAAUUUAUUUCGGGAAGAGUGCUUGUGGCAUGCUGCUCUCAUUUGGAGUUUUCCUUUGGCUGGUCAAGCUAAAAGGUGGCCAGGCCCUAUUCCUCGUGGGUUGAGCAAAAGGAGGUUUGCUGCAUUCUAUGUCUGUAAAUACAUCUUUUCACUUGAUGAUGAAAUGGAUGAGAUUGUAGGUCAUACUUAUUUGUUUCUGAAAGAGCAGCUUGAGAUCUCAACCAUGCCUCCUCCAUCUGGGGUUCUCCAUGGAACGAUAAUAGAUCAAUUUAUUGCCUGUGGCAAGUCACGAGACAAAGCACACGAGCUUGCUUCGCUUAUCUGGUUGGCCGUUAUUGACAACUACGAGGAAAAUCAAGAAACCUUUCUGUUACUCAAACGUCUUGCAUUUGAGGGAGAUGUUUUUCUGUCAUAUCCCUACUCAAGAUCAUACAAAGUUCAGUGGAGGGUGUUUGAGAGGCUAUUUACAGAUUUUCGUGACUGCUUUAAUCAGUCGGAUUAUUACGACUUAUUGGCACUUGCCGAACACAAGUUUCAGCCAAUACCCUCUGCUUGGUUGGGUUACUAG